AAUGACACCUGCGCACAGUGCCGCAAAAGACCAGGGAAGACAAGUAAAAAGGGAGACAGAGGAAAACAACACGCGAAAGAAAGGAAUGUGUAUCAAGCAACAAAACGAAUUCUAGUCGCUGAACACUUACUCAGCGAACCAACGAACUAUACACAGCCUCUUGGCUCGUGAAUUUGUAGAAGAAUUUGCCAAACGCGGUUUGGCGAGCUAGCUAACGUCGUUAACAACAAGUAUUAUUUCUUCCUACGCGUUAGCAACGCAGCUAGCUAGCUACCAAGAGGAUACGCGUGUGUGACCCAGACAAGAGCCGAGAAAACACGUAUUUUGGACACACCAUGAAUCCUGAAUAUGACUACCUGUUCAAGCUGCUUCUGAUCGGCGAUUCAGGGGUGGGCAAGUCUUGCCUCCUGCUUCGAUUUGCGGAUGACACCUACACGGAAAGUUACAUAAGCACCAUCGGCGUGGACUUCAAAAUCCGAACUAUUGAAUUGGACGGCAAGACUAUCAAACUACAGAUUUGGGACACUGCUGGUCAGGAGCGGUUUCGCACCAUCACCUCCAGCUAUUACAGAGGAGCCCAUGGUAUUAUCGUUGUCUAUGAUGUAACAGAUCAGGAGUCUUACAACAAUAUAAAGCAGUGGCUGCAGGAAAUCGACCGCUAUGCCAGCGAAAAUGUCAACAAGCUGCUGGUGGGUAACAAGUGUGACCUCACCACCAAGAAAGUAGUAGACUACACAACAGCCAAGGAAUUUGCUGACUCCCUAUCCAUCCCCUUCCUCGAGACCAGUGCUAAGAACGCAACCAACGUGGAGCAAUCCUUUAUGACCAUGGCGGCUGAGAUUAAGAAGCGCAUGGGGCCCGGGGCCACGACAGGAGGAGACAAACCCAACCUGAAGAUUGAUAGCACCCCAGUAAGGCAGUCUGGAGGAGGAUGCUGUUAGGACUGCCCUGUCCCCUCCUCUCAACUCCAGAGGCCCAGGGGUAGAGUGACAGUACUGGGGUGGAGCUGACAGAACAGGAAAAUAUGGUGAUGGAGGUUGUGGGAUCUUCAAGAACUGACUGACAUUUUUUUCAUUAUUUUUUUCUUAUCUUGACCUAUGCCCAUAAUUAAGUGAGAAAGGUUUGUGCCCAAGGAGCAGUCCCCCCCCCAGCACACUCUUUUUAUUCACAAAUAUGCACAGAAUUGGAAACAUCUUUGAAAAAUGUGGUUGGCGUUGUUAGGCAUGAAAAAUGUUUUUAGCUAUUCAAGCACUAAUCCAGUAUCUAUCUGUAGCACUGGCUGUUUAAACACACACGUGGUCGAAGGAAAUCAUGGAUGUUCUUUCAACUAUGGCUGAGUACAUAACUACCCUUUAUGGCCUUUGUGGUUCCUAGUCAGACUGCUGAUCGUUGAAUGUGAGAAGGUGAAAUAAGAGGACCAUUGUGCCAGUUAAACCAGAGGCUUUAUGGACACACUCCAGAGGAAAAAUAGUGAAGACGAGCACUGUUUGUGUCAUCUGUCCUUUCGGGAAUUGAGAUUCAGAUUUGGAAGUUGUCAUUCGGCCCAAGCGCAUAAUAUAUAGGUUGUAAUAGGGUUGCUGUUGAGGAGAAAGAGAAGACUGGGUGAAGUAAAUAACAGGCUUUCUAUCUAAACAAAGUUCACAAAGUGGGGACAACAUGGCAAAUGGAAAUCUGCAAUCACUGCGUCCACAUCUUUAAUGUCUGUUUUAAUCGUUGUUAUAUAAUACUAUAAUUACAUGGUGGUUUUACUACUGUGAUUUUGUUUUGUUUUGAUUCUCUCUUCUAAUCGAGACGGUGUGUAAGCAGUAAGUGUGUUAUUGUUUUGAUUCUCUCUUCUAAUCGAGACGGUGUGUAAGCAGUAAGUGUGUUAUUGUUUUGAUUCUCUUCUUAAUCGAGACGGUGUGUAAGCAGUAAGUGUGUUAUUGUUUUGAUUCUCUUCUAAUCGAGACGGUGUGUAAGCAGUAAGUGUGUUAUUGUUUUGAUUCUCUCUUCUAAUCGAGACGGUGUGUAAGCAGUAAGUGUGUUAUUGUUUUGAUUCUCUCUUCUAAUCGAGACGGUGUGUAAGCAGUAAGUGUGUUAUUGUUUUGAUUCUCUCUUCUAAUCGAGACGGUGUGUAAGCAGUAAGUGUGUUAUUGUUUUGAUUUUCUCUUCUAAUCGAGACGGUGUGUAAGCAGUAAGUGUGUUAUUGCUGUUUGAUGAAUUCGAGCAUAACCGAAGUUCAACUGCAUUUGGUUCUUUCUGUCUGGAGUGGUAGCUGGCUGUAAGCAUCAGGCGUUUUCAGCCAUGUCCAAUCCUUUAGCGUUGAGUUUGAUCUCAAGUCACAAUGCUCCUGUACCAGUACCAUCAGACCUUUUACAUGCUCACUAUAAUACCGUAUGGACACCCUCUGGUUGAUAAGGUAACAUUAUUACAGUACUAACUCAACCAUGCCAUUAGUCACCAUGGUCCAGCAUUGCAACAAGGUUUGGAUAUUUGUUAGACAAUAUUUUGGGGAGAGUAUGGCACAUUACAUAGCCUGCCACAGUUGUUUUCACGUUUAACUGCUUCCUCAAACUUUUAGUUUCGGAUAUGUCUAUUCUAAUGACAUGUUCGGGGGAAAGAGAGAGAAUGGACCUCGGAGAAAAAAAAUCACCAGCGUCUCAAAUUAGUAUGGGAUUUCAAGCAAGAGGAACACUUGCUUUCCUGAGUAAAUACUGUAGAGCUGAUGACUGUCUGGGAAUUCCACUUAAGCAUCACCGUUGAUAUCCUUGCCUUUUUGAUGAAGAAGUAUCUUGCGAUUGGUUGGUAAACACACAAAGGUUGCUGGGUUUUUCCAUUUAGUGAAAUUUGACCCAUUUUAAAUAGUUGGCUUCCUUAAUAUAUUCUCUCUGGUUUACAUUUCCCCUUUAAAUGACAAAUAGAUUAUUUCUAAUCCACUAAUUCAAUCAUUUGGCUUUUGGUCAGGGAAGCGAUAUAAUGGAAAGAUUGCGGCACGAUGGUUAUUUCUUCUUUGCUGUGGACGAUGUAACAUGCUCUUAAUGCCCAGAUAAUAUUGGGAGUCCAUAGUAAUAAAGUAUAUUGUUAUUAUUGCCA